CAGCCGAGUUCGGUGGGUUUGGGGACUUGUGGCCUGGCUCUCCGCGCGUCCCCGUCCCCCCGUGGCCCCGGCCCCGGCCCCGGCCAUGAAGCGCUUCUUCUCCUGCUCCAGUUCACAAGUGGCGGUGGAGAGAUGGAACCGCCGUGAUCAGAAGCUGCUGGAGGCAGUGCAGCGGGGGGAUGUGGGACGCGUGGCUGCCCUAGCCUCUAGGAAGUCUGCCCGACCCAGCAAGCUAGACUCAAACGGCCAGUCCCCGUUUCACCUGGCAGCCUCCAAAGGCCUGACAGAGUGUCUGAGUGUACUGCUCGCAAAUGGGGCUGACAUCAACAGCAAAAAUGAGGACGGAAGCACUGCCCUGCAUUUGGCCACCAUCUCCUGUCAGCCACAGUGUGUCAAGAUCUUGCUGCAGCAUGGUGCUAAUGAAGAUGCUGUGGAUGCAGAAAACCGCAGUCCACUGCACUGGGCAGCCUCUUCCGGCUGUGCCUCAAGUGUGCUCCUGCUGUGUGACCACGAAGCCUUCCUGGAUGUGCUGGACAAUGAUGGACGUACACCCCUGAUGAUUGCGUCACUGGGUGGUCACGCAGCCAUCUGCUCACAGCUGCUGCAGAGAGGUGCCCGAGUUAACGUCACAGACAAGGAUGACAAAUCAGCUCUGAUUCUAGCCUGUGAGAAAGGCAGUGCGGAGGUGGCUGAACUGCUCCUGAGCCAUGGAGCAGAUGCGGGGGCAGUGGACAGCAGGGGGCACGAUGCUCUGCAUUAUGCUCUGUGUACACAAGACAAGACCCUGUGGAGACUGCUGCAGCAGGCCCUGAACAGGAGGCGGAGAGGAGGUCAGAGGCUGGUUCAACACCCGGAUCUUGCAUCCCAGGCGUCUUCAUCUGAGCCUCAUGUGGGUUCUCCACUUAAGAGCCCUUGGAGAGCAGAGCCUGAGGAGGAGCAGAAGGAAGAGGAGGAUGAAGACCCAUGUUCAAAAGAGUGGAAGUGGAAGUAUGAAGAAGAGCAGAAGAAAGUCUCUCAGUUGGAACAGGAUCUAGUUCGAAAGACAGAAGAGUGUAAGGCACAGGCUGCAGCCUUCUUGGGCCUGGAGAGCCAGAUUCGAGAGCAGGUGCAGGAGCUAGGGCUCCUUCUAUCCCAAGAGCCCAGAGCUCCAAGAGGGCACGGCUCUAGACUCCGGCCUGGAGGAGAUGGCAUGGAGCAGGGUUGUCCCCUGGACCUGCUGGCUGAGCAUAUACAAGAGCUAAAGAAGCAGCAGCAGGCUGCAGCCAUAGUCAACCAAGAAGCUAAGAGGGUUGAGGAGAACUCAGCCGCAGGAGAGAUACAGCAUGAAGUCCAUGGAAAGUCCCCACCAGAAGAGCAGGGACCACCCCAGAGCCCAAGGUCUGAGGCUACUAGGAAGUCCACAGAACAGCAACUGACAGGGGGCCCCCACACCCUUGUCCCCGAUCACACUGGCCAGCAGCCUGCUGACCAGAAAGCAAGGCCUCAGGCCUCAGGGGUUGAAGCAACAGAUGCAGUGGCUGAACCAGUGGACACAGCAGCUAUGAACCACCUCCUGCUACAGCUAAGGGAGGAACUGGCUGCAGUGUGGCGAGAUAAGGAUGCUGCUCGAGGGGCUUUGUCAAGACCAGUCCUGGAGGGAGCCCUAGGGACUCCCCGGGCUGAGGCUGCCGCAGCUGCCUGGGAGAAGAUGGAGGCCCGGUUGGAGCGGGUGCUGGUGAGGCUGGAUCGGGCCAAGGCGGGGCUGCAGGGGAAGCCUGAGGUCCCUGGCCAGGAGUCCAGGGCGGGAGCCCCAAAGGCAGCCCCGGGGUGCAUCAAAGAGCAUGGAGAGGAGGAGCUGGCCCCUGGGGCCCGAGGAGAGCCCCUAGGGGCCCCUGGAGAACAGUUCCCAGGAGGGGGCUUGCCAAAGGGACAGCUGGAGAAGGAGGUGUCAGCACUGAGACUGAGCAACAAUAACUUGCUGGAGGAGCUGAGGGAGCUGGGCUGCGAGCGGCAGCGCUUGCAAGGGGAGCUGCAGUCUCUGAGCCAGCGGCUUCGGGGCGAGUUUGUGCCCAAGCUCGAGGCGCAGGUCCAGCUACACCAGUUGCAGAGGAGUGUGGGGCUGCUGACCGAGGAACUGGCCAUGGAGAAGGAAGCCACGGAGAAGCUGCGCAAGCGCCUGGCCUCCCAGAGCAGCGGCCUCCGGGGGCUGUGGGACUGCCUUCCCCCAGACCUGGUGGGCACAGGGCGCGCCCGGAGCGCCGAGGCGGAGCCCCUGGCGGAGCUGCGGGCCUGCAUCACCGCGCUGGCGGACAGGCAACGCGAGGCCCAGCGGGCGCUGGCCGGGCUGGAGGAGGAGAACCGGCGGCUGCGGGCGUCCCUGGCCCUGGGUGGGGAACCGGCUGCCUUCUCCAAGGCCCCGGCCUCGCCCCAAGUGGCGGCCCUGGAGCAAGACCUGGGGAAGUUAGAGGAAGAGCUGCGGGCGGUUCAGGCCGCGAUGAGCGGGAAGAGCCAGGAGAUGGCGAAGCUGAAGCAACUGCUCUACCAAGCCACCGAGGAGGUGGCCGAGCUGAGGGCCCAGGAGGCCGCCAGCCUCCGGCAGCAUGAGAAGACUCGUUUGCUGGUGGCCCAGGCCCAGGCGUGGGGCCAGGAGCUAAAGGAUGUGCUGGAAAAGUAUAAUGCGGCCUGCCGGGAGAUGGGUCGGCUUCGGGAGGCCGCGGCCGAGGAGCGGCGCCGCAGUGACGACCUGGCCGCCCGGGCCGCGGAGCAGGAGCGCCGGGCCAGCGAGCUCCGUGGCCGCUCGGAGGAGUUUGAGAAAACAGCGGAAGGGCUCAAGGAGAAGACAGAGCGUCUCAUGGAGGCGUGCCGGGACAAGAAGGCCAAGAUCAAGGAGUUGUUGAAGAAGUUGGAGCAGCUUUCAGAGGAAGUUCUAUCAGUGCGGGGAGAAAAUGCUCGCCUUGCCCUGGAGCUGCAGGAUUCCCAGAAGAGCAAUGAAGAGAUCAUCACCACCUAUAGGAAUCAUCUACUGAGUGCUGCUCAGGGCUACAUGGAGCAGGAUGUGUACAAUGUCCUACUUCGAAUCCUCAGCAUGCAAGAGGAGUGAGGCAGCCCUGCGCCCUCAGAGGGAAUAAGACCAUCCUUGGUUCACAGAGGCUCCAUCAAGCUAUGGUGGGUGGGUGGGUUUGGCCACGAGGGGUUGUGGGUGGGGCUUCACCUGACAAAUGGACCCAAGACCUGAGAACCUAGACCCUGGAAUCAACAUGGUUGAGGCCAGAGGUGUGGAUGGAAACCAGCUCCAUGGAAAAUAAAGCAGGAAGCAGGAUGGUGCUGGGUGUCACUGUUUUGUUGUUUUUCCCUCUAUCUAUCAAAACGGUGGGUGUUGUACUUUAAGCUGGGUGUAGUACUGUACAACUAUAAUCCCAGCUCUUUGGGAGGCUGAGGCAGAAGGAUCCCAAGUUUAAGCCCAGACUUGGUAAUUCACUGACAUACUGAAAACUUGUCUCAAAAUUUGAAAAGGGGGGAGGGAGGUAAAGGGGAGCUGGGCAUGAAGCUCAAUGUGAAGGCCCUGGGUUCAAUCCCUGGUACCACAAAUAGAUUUUAGGUUCUAAGCAAAACAGAGCAGAAGGUAGAGAGAUUUCCCAUGCACUUCUUCCCCGACACAUGCACAUUAUUAUCAACAUCCCUCGCUGGAAUGUCAUAUUUGUUAUAACCGCUGACACAUCAUUAUUGGCCAGAGUCCAUAGCCCACAUUAGAGUUCACUCUUGAUGUGCAUAUUCCGUGGGUUUAGGCGAAGUGUAAUAGCAUAUGUCUCCCAUGACAGCAUUAGCAGUCGUCUUAUGCCCCUAAGACUCCUCCUCUGUGGCCUGCUUAUUCAUCCUCCCUACCUUCUCCUGGAAACUACUGCCUUUUUACUGUCCCCAUAGUUUUGCCUUUUCCAGAAUGCCAUGUAGUUGGAAUCACAUAGCAUGCAGCCUUUUCAGAUUGGCUUCUUUAACUUAGUAAUAUAUAUAUUUUAAGUUUCCUCCAUGCCUUUUCAGGACUUGAUAGCUCAUUUCUUUUAGCACUGAAUGCUAUUCCAGUGUCUGGAUAUACAAGGGUUUAUUUGUCCAUUCACCUACUGACGGACAUCUUGGUUCCCUCCGAGUUUUGACAAUUAUUUCAUUCCCUUUUCAUCACAAACAGCAGCUUUCAACCUUUAUGAUCCAUGAUAAGACAUCCAUUUUAUAUCCUGUGUGUAUAUACUUGAAAUGAUACAAAAAAAGGAAUCCUUACCUUACUUUUUUUUUUUUGGUACUGGGGAUCAAACUUGGGACUUUGUGCUUAUGAGGCAGGCAGCAGAACCACUGAGCUAAAUCCCUGGGCUUACUAUUUAUUUUCUAUUCUCUCAUACUCCACUCAAAAACUGUUGGUCACAAUCCAUUCAGUGAAGGGUCAAGACCCACAAUUUGACAAGCAGCUCUGUGUCAGUUUUCCAUUGUUGGGACAAAAUACCCGACACAAUCAAUUCAGAGGAGGAGAUGCUUAUUUUCAGCUCCUGGUUUCCGAGCUUGUACCCCAUGGUGGGCCCGCUCCAUCACUGAAACAUCACGGAGAAGGGGCGUGGCAGAGGUGAGCAGCUGGGCCCAGAGCAGCAUGGAAGUAGAGAGCAGGGGGAGAGCCCACAGAAGGAGGGGCCAGGGACCCAAUACAGUCCCAAACGCCGCCUCACAUCCCCAGGACACACCUAGAAAUGUGCUUUACUAAUCUUCUAGGCAUCUCUCAAGCCAAUCAAGUUGACAAGAUUAACAUCACAAGUCCUCAGUGAAAAUGAGAUUUGACUUCCUUCUUUCUCAAAUUUCUUUUUUCUACCCUCCCCAUGCCACUACUGGGAGUGAACUCAGGGCUUUUGCACGCAGCUAUGCCCCAAGUCUGUCAAUCCAUGUAUUCAUCUAUCUAUCUAUCUAUCAUUUUGAGACAGGUUCUCAUCAAGUCAUAAAACUGCUCAGGCUGGGCUCGAAUUUGAUU